AUGCCCGUCAGUGGCUGCACAAUGCUCGCUGUGAUGCUUCUGCUGCCUCCUCUUCUGGACGCAGUGUUGGGCCUCAAGCUGUGUCCCAGCCGCUGCCUGUGCGACGAACCCUCCGACCUGGUGGACUGCCGGUCUCGUGGUCUAGUCCGGGUCCCUCCCAAUGUCCCCCACGGCAUCUGGCUGCUGGACCUGAGUGGGAACCGGCUGACUGAGGUACACACCAGAUCCUUCAUGGGGCUGUGGUCUCUGAAGAUCCUCCUGAUGUCCAACAGCAGCAUCCAGACUCUGCAGCCACAGUGUCUGUCGUCGCUGCAGUUUCUGGAGAGGCUGGACUUGAGUUUUAACCGGCUGCGUUGGCUCCCUCAGGACUUCUCCCAGAGGCUGUCCUCCCUCCAGGAGCUCCAGCUGGACCACAACCUGCUGCAGCACCUGGACUCCACCUCGCUGGGUGAUUUUGAAAGCCUGAUGAAGCUGGACCUCAGUUACAACCGCAUCCGGGCGAUGGACGUCGGGGCUUUCAGCCGCCUGUCUCGACUGAGCCUCCUCAACCUGACGGGAAACGUGCUGAACGUGCUGAAAGAUGGCGUGUUGAGCAGGCAGCAGCGACUGGAGGUGCUGCUGCUCGGCCACAACAACAUCUCACUGAUCGAGACACAAGCUCUUGCUCCUUUGCGGAGUCUGACGCUGUUUGGUCUCAAGGGGAACCAGCUGGAGCACAUCAGGUUCAAGACCUUCCUGAAGCUCCAGACCACCUCCACCCACCUCCAGAUGUCCUUCAACCCCUGGACCUGCGACUGCGAGCUGCAGCGCGUCUUCAGCAAGAUCCGUCACGUUCGACAUCUGCACGUGGACGACUACAAGGACAUCGUGUGCCACGCUCCUCUUCAGCAAGCCGGGAGCCUCCUGGCGUCGCUGGACAGCCAGCUGUGCAUCGCUGAGACGGCAUCGGUGCUCGUCAUCACUAUCACCGUGAUGCUGGCUGUGAUUGGUACCCUGAUCAAAGCAGAGCACAACCGCAGCAAGAACAAACAAACUGCAAGUGAUACAGACUCAGAGAGACAAGAAAGAUGA